AUGGAUUCAAUUCGCGACUCAAAAGAAGUCGAACGGCUUCCAAUCCCCGACUCUGAUGAGUCCACCUUGCAAGAACCCCCGGAGGAGCAUAUUCAUCCUUUAGAGUCACGACUUAGCCGAGCACAAAGUCGAGCCGGUAGACACGACCCAGAAAAGGAAGGGGAGUUGAACUCGAACGAUUCCCGCAAAGAGCAGCAACAGGAGACUGCUCGACAAAUCACCGGGCUUAAAUGGGUACUUGUGUGUCUUUCACUGUAUAUCAGCACUUUCCUCUACGGCCUCGACACCACCAUCGCCGCCGAUGUCCAGGGCGCAGUUGUUGAGCAGUUUGGCCAUGUUGAGCAGCUGGCCUGGAUUGGUGCUGGGUUCCCGCUCGGCUCUGUCGCCGUCAUCCUGCCGCUAGGGGCACUGUACACCUCGUUCAAUAUGAAAUGGGUGUACAUUGCAUCUCUUCUGGUAUUUGAAGCCGGCUCGGCCCUUUGCGGUGCUGCUCCUGAUAUGAACGCCAUGAUCGUUGGACGUGUCAUUGCUGGCAUGGGAGGUAGCGGUGCCUAUCUCGGUGCCCUAAAUUACAUCUCUGCUGUCACCAGCCCGAAAGAACGCGGAACCUACAUCACCUUGAUUGGAUUUACUUGGGGCAUCGGAGCUGUGUUGGGUCCUGUCAUUGGCGGAGCCUUUUCCAUCUCCGCUGCCACCUGGCGUUGGGCCUUUUACAUCAACCUCGUGGUGGGUGCUGCCAUGGGGCCGAUCUACGUGUUCUGCUUGCCGCCUCUCCACCCCAUCAAGGGGGUGUCAAUCCGAUCCCGCAUCAGCAACCUAGACUUUGUGGGCUUCGUCCUCAACUCUGCCCUCUGGGUCAUGUUUACCAUCCCGUUGACGAUGGCUGGCGGCCAGUGGGGCUGGAAUGAUGGCCGUACGAUUGCAAGCUUUGUGGUCUUUGGUGUAAUUCUCGUGGUGUACGCCCUGCAACAAUAUCUCGCCAUCUUUACCACUACAGAGACACGAGCGUUUCCGAUUCAUUUACUCAAGUCACGGACGCAGGUUCUCCUCUUCAUUGGCACGUCCGCGAACAUCACCACCCUCUUCGUGGUGGUGUACUUUAUCCCGAUCUACUUCCAAUUCGUGCACAACGACUCCGCCCUCAUGGCUGCCGUCCGCUUGUUGCCGUAUGUUGUCAUCUGCGUAACUUUCAAUCUGCUGGCCGGCCACUUGCUUUCCAAGGUGCAGUACUACAUGCCCAUGUAUAUCAUUUCCGGCGUUUUCGUCACGCUAGGCGGCGCUCUUCUCAUGGCAUAUCUCGACCCGAGCACUUCGGAAAGCAGUAUCUACGGCUUCACCGUGCUGAUCGCCGUGGGCAGCGGGAUCACCCUGCAGAUCGGCUACGCCGUCGCCGGCAUCAAGGCUGGGCCCAAAAGCCUGGGCGAUGCCAUCUCGCUGCAAAAUGUGUCCCAGAUCGGCGGCACAGUACUGGCGCUCGUCAUCGCCGGCCAGAUCUUCCAGUCCAUGGCGUUCCAGUAUCUGUCAGAAGUGCUCAAGGACACGGGCUACAGUGCUAAAGAGAUCCAUGACGCCGUUGCUGGCGCACAAAGCAAGCUGUUCACGGAGCUGACGGGCGAGCUGAGGGAGAGGGCUAUCCUUGCUAUCACGCAGGGCAUGCAGAAGUCGUUUAUCCUCGUGAUUGUGUCUGGUGCAGUUCUCAUUGUCACUGGCGCUUUUAUGAGAGUGGAGAGGCUGUUUGGUGAGAUCAUCGUGGCGUAG